AGGGUAUCUAACGUGAAUUGACCCGCAGUCAUACGAGGGAAGAAAACAUGUUCCGUUUCGCGAAGUCAACAGUGAAUAUCGCCGCCCAAGGUGCCCGCCAGGUCGCAGUGCGACACGGUCACCAGAGUGCGGCUCCAGACUUCCAUUCCAAGUAUGGCAACCUCCUGAUGCUCUCUGGAGCCGCGUUCUGUGCCAGCGUUUGGGCAUACGUGUUGACACAAACUGGCAUCACCUGGAAUCUGUCACCUGUGGGCAAAGUCGCACCUAAAGAAUGGAGGGUGAAAGAGGAGGAGGAGGAGUGAUGGGGGGAAAAACCACUGCUUUCCUCUGUGGAAAUGUCAAAUCCCAUUGUCUGGAACAUAAAACCUAUGGAACUUUUCCACUUCACCAGUGGAGGCUUACGUUUUCGAACUGUUAGGUUCUCAGAUGUUCUGCUGUUAUGUUGGCAUAAUGUAUGCAAUAAAGAAAGAGUUUAACCUUGACAAAA